GGCAAGGAAAUAAAAUAACUUAAUUUUUUUCUAGCCUCUCGAUCGAAGUGGAAGGGGAUUGCUGAUGAUGAACCGACUUUAAUGGCCGAAUUUGAUUUUUUGGCCUUGUGACCGAGUUGGACGGCUAGCUUGUGAGAGCUACGUGAUUCAUGAAGCAAAGUAGGAAGCAUUGGCCAGGUGAGACAAGAAAGGACAGAGUGGACUAACGUCUCUCUUAACUACCAAAUCUUCCAUCCUCAACUCAACUCGAGAAGAGGCAAUGAUCCUGUCCCAGGGUGCCGAGGGGAGGGUGGACAAGGUUAUGUCCGUCUAUAAUCGUGUUUGUUGAAAAUUUAUGUGUUCAUGUAGCAGUGUUCAUUGCCACGGUCCACGAACCUUUGUUAAGAAGGCCUUUCCCGGGCCAAUUUCCCAUCAAUGGACGGUUGCUAGUAAGAUGGGAAGAGUAGCGCGUGUUUUGGCCAUGUCAAAAUUCCAUGUAAUGGCCUAGUGCAAAGGGUUAAUCCGACUCGCUUUAGCCUCGAAAGAGAGGUGCAUGAUUAGUUUGUCACAAUUGCAUGGCCUUGUCUUUGUUUUGGCCCAAAUUGAUUACGUGGCAUAAGUAUGUGUUAAUUUCUAGAAGUUGCGUUGGUAACAUUUGGCCAUUUAAAUGGUGCCAAAGCCAACCACUGGUUUCGGAAGGAGGUUCAUUUGUUUUGGUUUGUACUAAUAAGACCAAUGAGGAUUAAGUAGUUAAAUGGCCUUGAGUUUGUCUUCAACGCCAAGUUGUGGCUGAUAAAGUGGCCACAGAUUAGUAUGAGUUACGGUGCGCUUCAAUAACUUAGUGCAUAAUUUUUUAUACACUAAGUUGUGGGGCAUUUGUUUACCCAUAAAAAAAUCAGCUUGUACCAUAUUGAUUAACUACAAGAAAUUCAAUGAAUUUAUAAGGCCAGCUCAACAUUAAUAAUUAAAAGAGCUAGCUAGGCCUUGUUGGGUUGGGUUUUUGGGCCUAAGUGGCCAAGCCCUUUCUUCCCUACAUGACGGUCGACUCGCCUCCUUGGCCCCAUAGCCAGGCGAUGCGUUUCACCCCUUGGUAAGAAAUUUGGCCUCCAAAAAAACUAAGUCUUGGAAACAAGGCGAUACAACGGGGUGCCAAACGGCCGGGUACCAAGUCGGGUACCGAAGCCUUGGAAACAAGGCGAUACAACGGGGUGCCAAACGGUCGGGUACCAAGCCUGGUACCAAAUAAGGGGGCCAAACAAGAGGGUAUCAAGCCGGCAAGGCAGGCUUGAUACCCAAGUAAGAGAUUUGGCUAAGUCUUGGAAACAAGGCGACACAACGGGGUGCCAAACGACCGGGUACCAAGCCGGCAAGGAGGGCCUAGUACCAAAGUAUAUGAGAAUUGGCUAAGUAUGGAGCCAUAGGGCAUCAAGCCGACAGGCUUGAUAGCCAAGCAAGGCGACAAGGUACCAUGCCCCCAAGGUGGUAUCAAGCCGGCGAGACUGACUUAGUGGCUAGGCAACGGGGGGCCAAGCCAGGUACCAACUAAGAGAGUCAUACAGAAACUAAGUAUGGAGACCAAGCCACCAGGACUUGCUUGGCAGCAAGGGGUGUCAAGUUGAUUACAUGGGCUUGAUAGCAUGUCGGAAGGUAUCAAGCCGAUGAGCUGCCAAGGGUCGGAUCGAGACCUCAUCAUGGAGGCAAGGUUGAGGGCUUCAACCUCAUCCAGUCAAGACAAGGUGACAAGAUCAACACCAACCCAACCCGGCAUUGAGGCCAUCAAGUACCCACCAACCCCAAGACGGGACAAGGGCCUCCAAGGCGAUGGAUACCAACCAGUCAACAAGACGGGUCAAGGAGCUCCAAGGCAAUGGAGGUGAAGAUCAAGACAACGGUUACCAAUUGGCAACCAAGGCAACGAAAAGGGGUCCAUAAGGCGGUUGGAGCAACAAGACGAUAUCAGUUACCAAGGCAGUUACUCCUAGAAGCUAUAAAUAGAAGAAACGAAGAAGAAGCAAGGGUUCCACAACCAAACAUUUGACGCACAAUGUCAAAAUUUAUCUUUUCUCUGCAAAUCAGCUUUUAGUCUUUCGGAGCUCUCACUGAACCUCCAUAGGAGUAGAGUAACUUAGAUUAUUCCCAAAAACCAUCAAAAACAUCAAACACCCUCGUUCGAACAUUGUUCGGAGAGGUGUGAACCGUGUUGAUUGUCGUUGUUCCAGAAGUCAAAGGUGCAAUCAUUUAAUUCAAACACCAGUUUUUCCUCACCGGAAAACAGUUAGGAAAGCCGGUAUUGAGAACAUGGAUUAAAUAAAUAGAUUUCCAUUGUGAACUAAGAAGAAAAAUAAGGGAAACAGAGAGAAGCAAUUAUGAGACUAGAGGAAGUACAAACCAGAAUCCGUAUGGGUGUAAAUAGAGCAUACAUUAACAGCCCCCGUCUCUCUAUUGUGAUUGCAGAAGAAUCGUAAUGUGGCUUCUUUUGUCUAGUUUCAAAAAAAGUACUUAGGGAUUGUUUGUUUGGUUUCUGUGAUUGUUUGGUUGCGAUUGAUACAAUACCUGUAUAGUUUAUAAUUCAUCGAUUUUUUGUUUUUUUAUGCAUAGACAAUAAAUGUAUAGUUUACUG